GGCCUGGGAGAAGAAUGUGGUGGCCCAUGGGGAGUUUUUGGCCAGUGUGCCUCGGGUCUGACGUGCAGGAAGGACGAUGACCAUUUCCAGUCCGCGGGCAAGUGCGCCAUAGCUGAUGCUGAAGAAGAGAAGAAUGAGAAAGAAAAACCGAAUAUGAAAAACAACUGAAAUGAAAGGAAAGGCCAAUAACGCCGGAGACAUUUGUAAUGGAAAAGAACCAGUAAAAAGUUAGUCUGAAAUAUUGGGAUGAUUACCAGAGACAGAUGGGGAGGCAGCAACACUCUUGUGAUUGUUUUGAUUGAAAUAAAAUGUCAAAUGUU